UUCUUCUUCGUUCGUCUUACAUAAAAUAGCUUUCUCUAUCUUUCUCUUGUGCGCGUCCUUUUGUUGUACUUGUUUUUGAGCAGCGCAGGUCGAAGGAAGAAAAAGAACCAAGGGAGAACCCUCCAACCAGACUCUGCAGCACACUUGACGGUUAUAACUUUAUCAGCCUAGCCAUCCCAGACCCUUUUUCUUUUGUCAGCAAAAGAGCGUAGCAAGAACGACUCCUUCUCGCCUUCCAGUAGAGCAAGCACACAAAACACACUCGAUUUCCCUCACAACCCCAAACACAUAGCAAUGCGUGGUUCAGACGUUAGCAGAGAUCCUUGCCCGUGGGUGAUUCUCAACGAUGCCGGCGGAGCGUUCGCCAUGGGAGCGAUUGGCGGCGGCGUGUGGCAUUUCUUCAAGGGGACGCGGAAUUCGCCGUACGGGGAGCGGUUCCGCGGCGGGCUGAAUGCGAUGCGGGCGCGGGGGCCGAUUACCGGCGGCAACUUUGCGGUGUGGGGAGGGAUGUUCUCGACGUUCGACUGUGUGCUGAAGGGCAUUCGGCACAAGGAGGAUCCGUGGAACUCGAUUGGCUCGGGCGCCAUCACCGGCGGUCUGCUGGCGGCGCGUGGCGGCUGGCGUGCGGCUGCGGUCUCGGCGGUCUUUGGCGGUGUGCUGCUUGGUCUGAUCGAGGGUGUCGGCAUUGUCAUGGGCCGGGCAUUUGCCCCGCAGCCGCCGAUGCUGGGCCCGCCGCCAGCGGCAGAGUAG